ACCGGGCUCGCCGCGACGCCCCGGAGCCCACGGCCGCGUUGUGCGCGCGGGCGAAUCCGCCACAUCGAGGGUCCCACCCGCGCUCGGGACCAUGGCCACCGACUCGUGGGCUCUGGCGGUAGACGAGCAGGAAGCGGCGGCUGAGUCGUUGAGCAACUUGCAUCUUAAGGAUGAGAAAAUCAAACCGGAUGCCAAUGGUGCUGUUGUCAAGACCAGUGCUAAUACAGAGAACACAGAUGAAGAAGAAAAAGAGGACAGAGCUGCCCAGUCAUUGCUCAACAAACUGAUCAGAAGCAACCUUGUCGAUAACACAAACCAAGUGGAAGUCCUACAACGGGAUCCCAACUCCCCCCUCUACUCUGUGAAGUCUUUUGAGGAGCUCCGGCUGAAACCACAGCUUCUCCAGGGAGUCUAUGCCAUGGGUUUCAACCGGCCAUCCAAGAUCCAAGAGAACGCUUUGCCUCUGAUGCUUGCUGAACCCCCACAGAAUUUAAUUGCCCAGUCUCAGUCUGGUACUGGUAAAACAGCUGCUUUUGUGUUGGCCAUGCUCAGCCAAGUGGAACCUGCAAACAAAUACCCCCAGUGUCUGUGCCUCUCCCCAACAUAUGAACUUGCCCUUCAAACCGGAAAAGUGAUUGAGCAGAUGGGCAGAUUUUACCCUGAACUGAAACUAGCAUACGCUGUCCGAGGCAAUAAAUUGGAAAGAGGGCAGAAGAUCAGUGAGCAGAUUGUCAUUGGCACCCCAGGGACUGUCCUGGACUGGUGCUCCAAACUCAAGUUCAUUGACCCCAAGAAGAUCAAGGUGUUUGUUCUGGACGAGGCUGACGUGAUGAUAGCCACUCAGGGCCACCAGGAUCAGAGCAUCCGCAUCCAGAGGAUGCUGCCCAGGAACUGCCAGAUGCUCCUUUUCUCUGCGACCUUUGAAGACUCUGUGUGGAAGUUUGCCCAGAAAGUGGUCCCAGACCCAAACGUGAUCAAACUGAAGCGCGAGGAGGAGACUUUGGAUACCAUCAAGCAGUACUACGUCCUGUGCAACAACAGAGAUGAGAAGUUCCAGGCCCUGUGCAACCUGUAUGGGGCCAUCACCAUCGCUCAGGCCAUGAUCUUCUGCCACACCCGCAAAACAGCCAGCUGGUUGGCAGCAGAGCUGUCAAAGGAAGGCCACCAGGUGGCCCUGCUGAGUGGAGAAAUGGUGGUGGAGCAGAGAGCAGCUGUGAUUGAGCGCUUCCGAGAGGGCAAAGAGAAGGUUCUGGUGACCACCAACGUGUGUGCCCGCGGUAUCGAUGUUGAACAAGUGUCUGUCGUCAUCAACUUUGAUCUUCCCGUGGACAAGGAUGGGAACCCAGACAAUGAGACCUACCUGCACCGGAUCGGGCGCACCGGCCGCUUUGGCAAGAGGGGCCUGGCCGUGAACAUGGUUGACAGCAAGCACAGCAUGAACAUCCUGAACAGAAUCCAGGAGCAUUUUAAUAAGAAGAUAGAAAGACUGGACACGGAUGAUUUGGAUGAGAUUGAGAAAAUAGCCAACUGAGAAGUUCUGCCUGUCACUGGUGUCCACCCUUGGCACAGGCCCUGCUGGGAGAUGAGAGCUUUCACAGCCAAGACCUUGACUGUCACCGAGAAGACGGCGCGUGUAGAAACUACCUACCUCAUUUUAAAUUACGUUUGGACUUGACAAAAAUUUGUGCAAAUGAUGGGGGAUGGUAGAAAAAAUUGUUGACAAAACUCUGGAAGAUUAGGCGUGAAUACACAGAAAUUGACCUUUUGCAAAUUUUGUCUUUUUUUUUUUUUUUUUUUUUUUGGCCCAUCAUUAUGCUAAUGCAGAUGCUGUGGCCAGUUUCUUGCCCAGAGUACCAUAGAGCAGCUCCUGCCUGUUCCAUGGUUGGAGCUAUAGGGCAGUCUCCCUCUCAUUUGAAGUGGUAGUAUAGUGGUGAAGAUGAAGCAUUAGGGAGAGGCCCAAGUAGGAUAGGUGGGUAAGCCAGCCCUUGUGUUUAGAGGAGGCCUGAAGCUGCAUUGGAGGCCUGUGAGCCCUGUUUUGCUUUGGUCAUAGGAGUUCUUAGUACUUGGCCCAUGUCCUAGUACCUACAAACAGGAAGGAAUGGGGUCUGCUAAGCAAAGAUCAGAAUGCCCACUUCUGGGUCCUGGUAUGUGGUCUUGGUUUGCAGGUCCCACACUUGUGUUUUUUAGCAGGUGCCAUCUGUGUAUAGUGUGUAUCUGAUUAUUGGUGGGUCCUUUACUUGUGCUUGAGCCGUUUCUGUGGAGAAUUAGUGGUUAAAAGGUGGUCUCAGAGAUCUCUGCAUCAUCUUUCCAUUUCUGACAUCACCUUGUCCCUUUAGUAGCCCCAAAGUAAAAACAAAAGAGGUGAUUUGAGGUUUGGGUCCCUACUGAAUUUUAUGGUGUAAGUCUCUAAUAGCCAGCCUCAGAACAGCUCUAAAUGUGUCAGCAAUAGAUACACGUGCUUGCUUUUCUUCAGAUUUUAGAAGGCAAGUUUUGUUAGUGCAGGGAAAUGACUUUUGAUAUUUGGCUUUUUUUUUUUUUUUUUUUAAUAUUGAUUGAUCUAUUUCAAAGUUUGUCAGAGAGAGAGAGGGAGAGAGAUCUUCCAUCUGCUGGUUCACUCUGCAGAUGGCUGUAACAGUCAAGGCUGAGUCAGGCUGUAGCCAGGAGAUAGGAGCUUCAUCUAGAUCUCCUGUGUGGAUAGUAGGGGCCCAGGCACUUGGGCCAUCUUCUACUUUUCCCAGGCCAUUAGUAAGGAACAGGAUUGGAAGCAGAGCAGCUGAGACACGAACUAGUACCCAUAUGGGAUGCCUGUGUCGCAGGCUGCAACUUUAUCUGCUACACCACAAUGUUGGCCCAAAUAUUUGUUGUCUUUGUUGUAAAGGGAUUCUGAAUAUCCGUGUUCACAGUGCUUGGGAUACAUAUAAGUGCAGCUGUGAGACUAGAUCGACUACAGCCAUUCGUGUGUCCAAGGCAAGUGUGAUCACCAUUGCCUGUGCUUGUCCUUUACUUGGCUUCUUUGUGUAGAACAGUUAGAGUACAUAACAGUGAUGGACACUUCCUCAUGCCUGGCCAAGGCUGUUGAUACCCACAGAAUGACCAAGCAAAGAUGAGUUGAAAAUGAGUUACCAGAGCAUUGUGGAACCUCAGCCAAAAGGAAUCUGUGGCCACUUUAUGUGUAGGAGCUAGAAGAGGAAUUUCAUGCGAUGAGGAUUGUUUUCUUUUUUAAAGAUUUUUAUUGAUUUUAAAGGCAGGGUUACAGAGAGAGUAGUAGAGACAGAGAGAAAGAGAUUUUCCAUCUGUUGAUUCAUUCCCCAAAUGGUUACAGUGGCUAGUGCUGGGUCAGAUAGGAGCCAGAAGUUUCUUCUGGGUCUCCCAUGUGGGUACAGGAGUCCAAGUACUAGGGCUAUCUUUGGUUGCUUUCCCAGGCCCAUUACCAGAGAGCUGAUUGUAAGUGGAGCAGCCGGGAUUUGAACCUGCACACCCAUAUGGGAUACCAGCAUCGCAGGCAGUGGCUUUACCUGCCAUGCUGCAAUGCCAGCCACUGAUAAGGGCUGUUCUGAUCCCAGAUCCUCCUUGUAAAUAUUCUGUGUGUUAGGGCCAGCUCGGUCUCCUGGGGAAAGAGGAGGCCAUUCUGAGCCUCCAGGUGGUUUCCUUAAUUCUGACAUGACAGAACCCCACAGACUGCCAAAUCCACCACCGUUCCUCAGGAGGUGCUUCACUGCAUAGUGUUCUAUAUGCCUCGGUCAACUCUGAUCCGUCUUGAGAAUCUUGUGAGGAGAAAGUCCUGAAGUCUUAAUGAAGUAUGGACUCUUCCGCAGGCUGCAGGCUUCACACCCUCCCCCUUUCCUCACGACAUCCGUAGCCCUAAAUCUGAGCAGAGUGGGAAGUAGUGUGCUACAGGCUGUUUAAUAGUGGGAGCAAAUCUGUGUCUUGUAGAAGUAGAGAUCACGGCCGGCGCCGUGGCUUAACAGGCUAAUCCUCCGCCUUGCGGCGCCGGCACACCGGGUUCUAGUCCCGGUCGGGGCACCGAUCCUGUCCCGGUUGCCCCUCUUCCAGGCCAGCUCUCUGCUGUGGCCAGGGAGUGCAGUGGAGGAUGGCCCAAGUGCUUGGGCCCUGCACCCCAUGGGAGACCAGGAGAAGCACCUGGCUCCUGCCAUCAGAUCAGCGCGGUGUGCCGGCCACAUCGCGGCGGCCAUUGGAGGGUGAACCAACGGCAAAAGGAAGACCUUUCUCUCUGUCUCUCUCUCUCUCACUGUCCACUCUGCCUGUCAAAAAAAAAAAAGAA